AUGAUGGAAGCCAGCGAUUACCUUGAUGACGAUGCCCUGGACGAUGGCUUCUUCCGCUUCGAUAACGAACACGAGGAGGCUGCCGCCAUGGAUCAUCUCAAUGACAUGGAACCUAUGACUCCUCCGUAUGGAGUGGCGGGUCCCUCGGCCACAGCUGCCGCAGCCCAGACCGGCGCGGCGUCAGGACGUCUCCACCUUUCUUCGGCGCAGGUCUGGCAGGCUCCGGAGCAAUCCUCACCACCUGCUCUGUCGUACUCACCAUCGCCUGGCGCCCCUUCUGCUUUUCAGUACCGCCAGCAGAUCCCACCUCAGCGGCAGGAACAUGCUGGUCAUGAGCGAAAACGUUAUCCGUCACCUCCCUUCAGGGCACAGCAGUCUCAUCAGCUCUCCCGCGAAAGUCUGGAGCAGGCAGCUGCGCACCACGCCAACCACAUGACCAGCCGCAUAUCAGAACUGGAUCUACGGCGGCAAUACCAAGAUCCACCACAGCGAGAUGAAGAACGUUCACAUCACCGCAGCCGCCGUCAGAAGAAGGGGAUGCGACAUGAACACCAUGAUUACGACCAGCCUCUCGGGGCUCAUCCCAACCGUCGUCGCUCUUCUUAUGAUGACGGCGAUGAAAGCCCCCAGGAUUUGCAGCCUGAUCUACGGGAUGGAUGCAGAGAUUCAAGACUCACCAGGCCGCGUGCGAUGGACCAAGCCGACGAUGACAGGAAUCAUUCGCGUCCUUCGUACGAUACAAGUUUGCAGGCCACACAAAGCCUGGCCUCAGCACACGGCCUGGAGGAACCAGAGCUUGUCGCCCCGUCUGCGGAGGAGAAGGAUUACGUUGUGAUUCCAGAGGAGGAGGUGCUCGAGAUGGAGUACAAUGGCGACGAAGAAAGCCGUGUCACGGCUGAGAAACUAAGGGCCCAGGUGGUGCAGGCUGCCAUCCAUAACGGCAAGGUAGUACUCAUGGUGACAAAAGCCACUGGUCAGUGGUGGACCAGUUCCGAGAUGCGGCAAAGAAGGAGAGCUGCGGCGCGCAUGGUCUACAAUGCUGCAGGCCAGGUUCUGUCCGGUGCCGGCCAUGUCAUCAUGACGAGCACACCCCUCGGCGGCUUCUGCAACUCGGUGUCGACAAAUGUGACGCGGUUCAAGGCCGCUCCUUUUUCCUAUGCCAUGACGGGCUUAGGUCUCAGAAAGAGCGAUGAUGCUACUCCUCAUGAACAACAGCCCGAGCCCAAGCCGAUAGUCGCGGAUGAGGAUGCAUUCAUUGACGACUUUGAAGAUGGGGAUGGCUUCUUGGACAUGCAAGACAUGUUUACUGAGGAAUAA